GUCAUCUCGUUGGCAAAACGUCCAAAAAAAAAUCACCUUCUCGCCUUAUUUCAUUUCUCGCCCCCUUCCGCCAUAAAAGCAAGGACGAGGGAUCCAAUCCUCCUAUCUCAAACCCUAAUCUUAAUUCCUCAUUUAUAGCUAUUGAAAUUUUGGGCGGUCUUCCAUUCUUGCGAAAUCAUCGCAUUUCCUCGGACGGAUUCAGUGAAAAAGAUUAGAUUUUUACCUCUACAUCGGCGUAUAUGCUCUGUAUCGGGACGGGCGUUCCGGUGACGAAGAUCCCGCACCAGAAGCGCCUGUUCCACAAGGUGAGGAGCCGGAGCUCGGAGAGUCAGCGGCGGCGAUCAUCGAUCGAAAUGGAUCCCGCGAUCAAGCCCGCCGCGAUCGCGGCGCCGCGGCCGCUGGUCCUGACGUCGAGGCCAAGCGGGCGCGUGAACGCGCUGCUGUCGCUCGUCUCGCUCCGCGCCCUUCGGAGCCUGCUGCUGCUCCUGAACGGGUUCAUCCUGCUUCUGCUUCUCCCGUUCCGGCGGCGGACGGUGGUGGUGUCGGCGGCAGAGGGGGAGGAAGCGGAGGGGGUGAGGGGGGCGAGGAAGGGGGCGGGCAGAAGGGGAGGGGCGAUGGUGGUGAGGGUGCCGACGGGGAUGGUGCCGCGGAGGCCGAGGGACUUCCAGGAGGGGGAGGCGGAGGCGAGGCGGGCUAUGGCGAUCCGGCGGAUGAGGGUGGAGAAGGAGGAGGAGGAGGAGGACGGCCGGAGGAGCGAGCGGGCGUGCGAGCUAUUCGCGACGGCCAGAGGGGAUACGCUCUUCACCCAGUCGUGGGCGCCCGUUUCCGUUCAAACCAAGGGACUGGUGGUUCUUUUGCAUGGCUUGAAUGAGCACAGUGGAAGAUAUAAUUAUUUUGCGAAGCAACUGAAUGAUAAUGGAUUUAAAGUGUAUGCAAUGGAUUGGAUUGGACAUGGUGGAAGUGAUGGGUUGCAUGGUUACGUCCAUUCUCUCGAUUAUGCUGUUGAUGAUUUGAAAGCAUUUUUGGAAAAGGUGUUAUCAGAGAAUCCUGGGUUGCCAUGCUUUUGCUUUGGCCAUUCAACUGGUGCUGCUAUUGUUCUGAAGGCAGUAUUGGAUCCAAAGGUAGAGGUUCAUGUUGAAGGUGUGGUCUUGACAUCACCUGCCAUAGGCGUUCAGCCAUCUCAUCCGAUUGUUGCCGUUGUUGCACCAAUAUUCUCCGUUUUAAUUCCAAGAUACCAAUUUAGCGCUUCCUAUAGGAGCGGACCACCCGUUUCUCGUGAUCCUGAGGCCUUGAGGACUAAGUAUUCCGAUCCACUCGUGUUCACUGGUUCUGUCAGAGUCAGGACUGGUCAUGAGAUUCUCCGCAUAUCAUCCUACUUGCAGCAGAACCUGAGCAAAGUUACGGUCCCAUUUCUAGUCCUCCAUGGCACAGCUGAUACAGUAACUGAUCCGGAAGGCUCCCAAAGACUCUACGAUGAAGCCUCCUCAACAAAUAAAUCCAUCAAACUAUACGAAUGCUUCUUACACGAUCUCCUCUUCGAACCUGAAAGGGAUGACAUCGCAAAAGAUAUCAUCGAUUGGUUGUGCUCCCGACUUGAUGAUCUAAACAGAGCCCAGAAAUAAAACCAAGACUGUUGGCAAUGGCAAAACCAUCCAGAUAGAAAACAUCCAGCUAUUAAAUCUCAUAUCGCAAGGUUUCUCCCCUGGGGGAUUCCACUUUCUGAGCUGGAGGUUGAUGUUGUAUUGUGCAUCUGCUUCCUGUAUGUCAUGCCGAGAGCCAGAGCAUGGCAGCACAGCCAUAUUGUAUUGAGACUUGAAUUGUUUGGGGGUUUCCCUGAUGUAUUUAUUUGAAUUUAAUGAAACUUUUUAGUUAAAGUC